AAAAAAGAAAAAAAAAAGAAAAGGAGAAGAAAAAUAAAUAAUAAUAAUAAUAAAAAGAAGAGGAAGAAGAAGAGGAAGAAGAAAAAGAAGGAAGAAAGCUACUGUUCGACGUUCUUCCUGUUGUUCGAAGAUUUUUCAACUGGCAUUAUCAACCAAAAAUGAUGUUCCAGGUUGUGUUAGUGUUGUAUUUUACUGUGCUCGCCACCGGAGCGUCACCUUCGUCGUCCAUGAUAUACGCCGACGAUAAAGUGCAAAGUUAUCUCACGAAAUUCGGGUAUUUGCCAGAAAGCAAUCCAGAAACCGGUAAUCUAAGGACAGAAGAUCAACUUAGGGACGCCAUUAGAAAUUUACAAAGAUUCAGUGGUAUACCAGUUACCGGUGAGAUCGACGAUGCCACUCGUAAACUGAUGAAGGCACGACGUUGCGGUUUAUCGGAUCGACAGUAUCCACGAUAUUCAAGGACGAGACGCAAACGUUUCACGAUCCAUGGACAACGUUGGCCUUAUCGGAAUCUCACAUGGAGUUUGAGAACCAAUCAACCAAGCGGCCUGGAAACUGGCGGAGUUCGACUGGAAUUGAGCAAGGCACUUGACCUUUGGGCCAGAAAUUCGAAGCUUACAUUUCAGGAAGUUAACAGCGAUCGUGCUGACAUCUUAGUUUACUUUCAUCGUGGUUCUCAUGGCGAUGGAUAUCCAUUCGAUGGAAGGGGACAAAUCUUGGCUCAUGCAUUUUUCCCUGGCAAAGAUCGCGGCGGUGAUGCUCAUUUUGACGAGGAGGAAAUUUGGUAUCUUCAGGAUAGCAGCAAUGAGGAAGGGACUAGUCUGUUCGCCGUGGCUGCCCACGAGUUUGGUCAUUCUCUUGGUCUGGCACAUAGUUCUGUUCAAGGAGCUCUAAUGUAUCCUUGGUAUCAAGGAUUAAGUCCUAAUUAUGAGCUACCAGAGGACGACAGGCAUGGGAUUCAACAGAUGUAUGGUGCACCUGAAGAAAAAUUAUGGGGUAAUAUACCUGGUGGUGUGUUUCCACCAGAAAGACCAACACCUCCAACGACGACGACGACGACGACAACGACAUUAGCAACGACUUACAGACCCUGGAGAACACGACCGACGAGACCCAAUCACUAUCCGGACUAUGGUAGACCUAGAAGACCAGAUCGUUAUCCGUCGAAACCAGAUUACAGAACUGAGAGGCCGGACUAUCGACCCCAGAGACCUCACAAACCUCAUAGACAUCACACGACCACAUUGCCGGCAAUUACUACGACAACAGUUAGACCAACGAUUUCUCAAAGACCUAGGUUCAGGUGGACCCAAUCACCUAGGAAUGACGUACCAGAUAAAUGUGAUACCAGUUAUGACGCAAUUAGUAUCAUACGUAGAGAAGUGUUCAUAUUUAAGGGACGCUAUCUAUGGAGAAUCGGUGACAAAGGAUUGUACGAAGGAUAUCCGGCGGAGAUCACGAGGCUGUUCAAUCUACCAGAGGACAUUGAUCACGUAGAUGCAGUUUAUGAAAGGCCCGACAAGAAAAUAGUCUUUUUUAUUGGGAAAAAGUACUACGUCUUCAGUGCUAAUAAUCUUGAAUCAGGAUAUCCGAAACCGUUAACAAAUCUUGGACUUCCGGCUUCCUUAGAGAAAAUCGACGGGGCUAUGGUUUGGGGACACAAUAGUAGAACUUAUUUCUUUAGCGGUUCUAUGUAUUGGAGGUUCGAUGAAUGUGUAAAUUAUGUCGAGUUGGAUUAUCCAAGAGACAUAAGUAGCAAUUUCGGUGGCGUUGGUAACGACAUCGAUGCUGUAUUUCAAUGGAAAGAUGGCAAGACGUACUUCUUCAAAGGUAAAGGUUUCUGGUUGUUCGACGAUCUCAGAAUGAAAGUCGCUCACGAGAAACAGAAACUCUCGGCACCCUUUUGGAUGGGAUGUCCUCGUAAAUUAGAAACGAACGACGUUGAGAAUAAUAUUCCUAGGAAAGCUAAGAUCGUCAGUUCGUCAGCAGAUUCCAUUGUUUCAAGGCUCGGUGGUGCUAUUAUUUUCACUCUUAUAACUUUCGUCUUUGUACUUGCGUAGUAGGUAAGAUUCAAAUAAAAAGAAGAGAAAGAAGAAGAAGAUUGUACAAGAAAUAUUGUUACAUCUUCAAAAAAUAAUUAUACCAAAUAUAUACAAAAUUCUUUUUUGCAAAAUAUGAAAGCAAAAAAUAUAUGCAUAAUUUUCUCUAUGUUGAUAAGUCAACAUAAAUCGUACAUAUAUUUGAUAUAAUUAUACCAAAUACACAUACAUAUAUAUAUAUAUAUAUAUAUAUAUAUAUAUAUAAAUCAACAUAAAUAGUCGUCCAUCUUUGAUAUAAUUAUACCAAAUAUAUAUAUAUGAAUAUAAAUUUUUUUUAAAGGCAGGGGGAGUAAAAUAAAAUGCAUAAUUUUAUAUAUGUUGAUAGAUCAACAUAAAUAAUCGUCCAUCUUUUAUAUAAUUGUAACAAAUACACACACAUAUAUAUAUGUAUGUGUAUGUAUGUAUGUAUGUAUGAUGUAUGUAUGUAUGUAUGUAUAUGUAUGUGCUCUCUAUAAUAUAAUCUAAGUCUGAUGAAAAUCAAAAGUAUCAGAAAAUGAAUUUCCUUUUAUAAUUCGUGUCUUUACAAAUGCCAAUGAUUAUAUGAACAAAAAAAGAAAUAUACAAAAGAAAUAAUCAUGUAACUUUUAAUUAACGCAUUACAAUAUUGUUUCAAAUGCGUCGUUCGAAUAUUUUCGAAAGAAGUACUUACCCCUUACUCAAUCAAAUCUUACCCUGUUACAAAAGCAAAAGAAUACAGUUCUUUUCUUAAAUAAAUAAAGAAAUAAAGAAAAAAAACAAAUUAAAAAAUAAAAAAUAAA